AUCAGUAGGCGCUGCAAACAGCGCGAGUCUCAUCAUCAGCACCGCAUCGCCAGGCAAGCAGCCUCGAGACCCACCGACCAACCGAGCCUCAGUGGUCCCUCAUCACAGAGACGAUAAUAACGGAGAGGAGGUAGACUCCUCACGAGGCCAUGGCAGGGCCCCCGUAAACAGACAAACAUAUUUAUUCUCUUUGUUCGCCUCGACGCACCGCUCGCCGCCUCCGAGGAGGGGCCGCAGAAUAGCUCUCUCUGGUGGAAGAGUGGGGGAAGAGGAGGGGAGAAAGCAACAGGGAGAACCGAGGGAUUUUUCUACCGGAUAACCUAAUGGCAGAGCGCGAGGCGUCGCCGUUACCACUAGAGGUUCGCGCCCGGCUGGCGGAGCUGGAGCUCGAGCUGUCAGAGGGUGACAUCACACAGAAGGGUUAUGAGAAGAAGCGGUCUAAGCUGAUCAGGGCCUACUUUCCUCAUCCUGGAGGUAUGGAGGGUAUGUCUCACCGCCCUCCCUUCGCCCCCCCGUCUGCCGCUCGUUUCCACAGACGACGCUCUUCUGGAACACAUGAUGAACGCUACCGUUCAGACGUCCACAGUGAGGCGGUACAGGCAGUGUUAGCCAGGCAUGUGGAGAGCAACGUGGCAGUGCCUAUGCCCUCCAAACGACGAUCACUGGUGGUACAGACAUCCAUGGAUGCGUACACACCCCCAGGCCUGUCCCCACUGUGCUCAGACUCGUCGUCGGGCUCAGAGGAAGAGGAGGGGCCAGGCGAUGACAUGCCGGGAAUGGAACACUGGAUGACUCGCCCUGCCCACUUAGGUCCAGCCCACCUAGGCUCCACCUCCUCGUCCUCCUCGUCCACUCAGAGCGGAGGAAGCGGCAACGCAGGACGACUAGCCGACUCGCUCGCACACACACACCUCUCACACCCACACCUGGCGCACGCCCAUCUCACACACACACACCUGACCCAGUCACACCACGUGUCAGCUCACCACUCACAAACACACCACGGUAUAGGGCACCUGUCUCUGAAGCGUAAGGCAGCUCUGGGCGUGGCAGAGAACGGAGGCUCUCUCAGAAGAUCCUGUGAGUUCGGCUCUGAUAUGCUGUGGCCUCCACCACUGGAGUCUGAUGAGAAUCACUCUGCUCCUCCUGAUGUGACUGGCUACUCGUCUGACUCCUCCCACUCUCACCCCCACCCCCACUCCCACUCAGAGCGCAACAUAGGAACCAUCGCCCGAAACACGCAGAAAUACGGCAACGCUGAACGCAUGGAGACUGGAGACGGUGUCCCAGUCAGCAGUCGUGUGUCUGCUAAGAUUCAGCAGCUAGUGAACACUCUGAAAAUGCCUCGUAGACCUCCGCUCAGAGAGUUCUUCGUUGAUGACUUCGAAGAACUUCUAGAAGUCCAGCAGCCAGAUCCUAAGCAGUCGCGUCCGGAGGGGGCAGAGAUGUUGGCAGUAAGCGGAGAAGCCCUGGGGGUGGUGACUAACUGGCCCCCCUCCCUGGAGGCAGCUCUCCAACGCUGGGGCACCAUCAGCCCUAAAGCGCCCUGUCUCACCAGCCUGGACACCACUGGCAAACCGCUAUAUGUACUCACAUACGGGAAGCUGUGGUCUCGGAGUAUCAAGCUGGCCUAUAACAUCCUCCACAAGUUGGGCAGCAAGCAGGAGCCCAUGUUGCGACCGGGGGACAGGGUGGCGCUGGUGUUUCCUAACAAUGACCCGGUGGCCUUCAUGGUGGCCUUCUACGGCUGCCUGCUGGCUGAGGUGGUCCCUGUACCCAUAGAGGUGCCCCUCACACGCAAGGACGCUGGCAGCCAGCAGAUUGGGUUCCUAUUGGGAAGCUGUGGGGUUACCGUGGCGCUGACCAGUGAUGCCUGCCAUAAAGGCCUGCCCAAGAGCGCUACAGGAGAGAUACCACAGUUCAGAGGGUGGCCUAAGCUGCUGUGGUUUGUGACUGAGUCGAAGCAUCUCUCCAAACCUCCUAGAGACUGGUUCCCUCACAUCAAAGAUGCAAACAGCGACACAGCAUAUAUAGAGUAUAAGACGUGUAAGGAUGGGAGUGUCCUUGGCGUGACGGUGAUGAGGAUGGCUCUGCUGACUCACUGCCAAUCCCUCACACAGUCGUGUGGCUACACAGAAGCGGAGACCAUAGUGAAUGUUCUAGACUUUAAGAAGGAUGUGGGACUGUGGCACGGCAUCCUCACGAGUGUGAUGAACAUGAUGCAUGUGAUCAGCGUUCCCUACUCUCUGAUGAAGGUCAACCCGUUGUCCUGGAUACAGAAGGUCUACCACUUCAAAGCCAAGGUAGCGUGUGUAAAGUCCAGGGACAUGCACUGGGCUCUGGUGGCCCACAGAGAGCAGAAGGACAUCAGCCUGAGUUCCCUCCGGAUGCUGCUGGUCGCCGACGGAUCUAACCCCUGGUCUAUUUCGUCCUGUGAUGCGUUCCUCAACGUGUUCCAGAGUAAAGGCUUGAGGUCAGAGGUCAUCUGUCCCUGUGCCAGCUCCCCUGAAGCCCUGACCGUUGCCAUCAGGAGGCCAGUGGAGGACAGUAGCCAGCCCCCAGGCCGAGGGGUUCUCUCUAUGCAGGGACUGAGUUACAGUGUGGUCCGCGUCGACACCGAGGAACGAUUGUCAGUCCUCACAGUGCAGGAUGUGGGCACUGUUAUGCCUGGAGCCCUGGUGUGUGUGGUGAAGCCAGACGGUGUGCCUCUCCUGUGUAAGACAGAUGAGAUCGGGGAGCUGUGUGUGUGUUCUGUCGCCACGGGAACCUCCUACUAUGGAUUGACAGGCAUGACCAAGAACACGUUUGAGGUAUUCCCUGUAGCGUCCGGUGGAGGUCUGGUCAGUGAGUAUGCGUUUGUGCGUACGGGGCUGCUGGGCUUUGUGGGUCCAGGUGGUCUGGUGUUUAUCUCUGGAAAGAUGGACGGCCUCAUCAUGGUCAGCGGGCGCAGACAUAACGCUGAUGACAUCGUAGCCACCGCACUGGCCGUGGAGCCAAUGAAAUUUGUCUACAGGGGGCGGAUAGCAGUGUUCAGUGUGACCGUGCUGCGUGAUGAGCGUAUCGUGGUCGUAGCGGAGCAGAGACCAGACUCUACUGAGGAGGACAGCUUCCAGUGGAUGAGCCGCGUGCUGCAGGCGAUAGACAGUAUCCAUGGUGUGGGUGUGUUCUGCCUGGCAUUAGUUCCAGCCAACACCCUCCCUAAGACCCCCCUGGGGGGUAUACACCUGUCUGAGACCAAACAGCUGUACCUGGAGGGGGGGUUGCACCCCUGUAACGUCCUGAUGUGUCCUCACACCUGUGUUACCAACCUGCCCAAACCACGACAGAAACAACCAGAGAUUGGUCCUGCCUCUGUGAUGGUGGGGAAUCUGGUGUCUGGGAAGAGGAUCGCUAUGGCCAGCGGCAGAGACCUGGGACAGACUGAUGACAACGACCAGUUCCUGUUCCUGUCGGAGAUGCUGCAAUGGAGAUCUCAGACUACGCCUGACCACAUCCUCUACACACUGCUCAGCUCCCGGGGGGCGGUGUCUAGUUCUCUGACGUGUCUUCAGCUCCAUAAGAGGGCAGAGAGAGUUGCUGCUCUGCUGUUGGAGAGAGGAGGACUACAGGAGGGAGACCACAUAGCACUGGUCUACCCACCAGGUAUAGACCUGAUCGCAGCGUUCUACGGUUGUCUUUACGCUGGCUGUGUUCCUAUCACGGUCAGACCGCCCCACCCACAGAACAUCUCAACCACACUGCCCACAGUCAAGAUGAUCGUAGAGGUCAGUCGUUCAGCCUGUGUGAUGACUACAGCGGUCAUCUGUAAGCUGCUGCGGUCGAAGGAGGCGGUCGCCACAGUGGACAUCAGGAACUGGCCUCCCGUCCUGGACACAGAUGACCUGCCAAAGAAGAAGGCUCCAGCGCUGUAUAAGCCCUGUAACCCUGAUGCCCUGGCCUACCUGGACUUCAGUGUGUCCACUACUGGCAUGCUGGCUGGAGUACAGAUGUCCCAUAAUGCGGUGGGAGCGUUCUGUCGAUCGGUGAAGCUGCAGUGUGAACUGUAUCCCUCCAGAGAGGUAGCCAUCUGUCUCGACCCCUACUGCGGCCUGGGCUUCGUCCUCUGGUGUCUCUGCAGUGUGUAUAGCGGCCACCAGUCUAUCCUGAUCCCUCCAGUAGAGUUGGAGUCUAACCCAGCCCUGUGGCUGCUAGCUGUCAGCCAGCUCCGAGUCAGAGACACCUUCUGUUCCUACAGCGUCAUGGAGCUGUGCACUAAAGGACUGGGCCUGCAGACAGAGGCACUGAAGGCACGGGGUCUGGACCUGUCCCGUGUGAGGGCGUGUGUUGUGGUAGCGGAGGAGAGACCCAGGAUGUCUCUAACACACUCCUUCUCCAAGCUGUUUAAAGACCUGGGCCUGCACCCCCGAUCUGUCAGCACAGCAUUUGGCUGUAGGGUCAACCUGGCUAUCUGUCUACAGGGCACCUCCGGGCCGGAUCCCACUACAGUGUACGUGGACAUGAGAGCUCUGCGACAUGAUAGGGUGCGGUUGGUGGAGAGAGGUUCUCCUCACAGUCUCCCUCUCAUGGAGUCAGGAAAGAUCUUACCUGGCGUCCGCAUCAUUAUCGCCAACCCAGAGACCAAGGGACCGCUGGGAGACUCCCACCUAGGAGAGAUCUGGGUGCACAGUGCCCAUAACGGCAGUGGAUAUUACAGUGGUUAUGGAGAGGAGGUCCUUCAGUCUGAUCACUUCACCUCCAGACUCAGCUUCGGAGACACAUCCACCGUCUGGGCUCGCACCGGAUACCUGGGCUUCUUACGACGUACUGAACUCACCGAUGCCAGCGGAGAGAGACAUGAUGCUCUGUAUGUGGUGGGUGCAUUGGAGGAGGCCAUGGAGCUGAGGGGGAUGAGGUACCAUCCUAUAGACAUAGAGACCUCCGUCAUCAGGACGCACAAGAGCAUCAUGGAGUGUGCGGUGUUUCCCUGGACUAACCUGCUGGUAGUCGUAAUAGAACUAGAAGGCUCGGAGCAGGAAGCCCUGGAUCUGGUUCCCAUGGUGACCAAGGCAGUGCUGGAGGAGCAUUACCUCAUCGUUGGGGUUGUCGUGGUAACGGACAUCGGGGUGAUCCCCAUCAACUCUCGCGGGGAGAAGCAGCGCAUGCACCUCCGAGACGGCUUCCUACAGGACCAGCUAGACCCCAUCUACGUGGCUUAUAACAUGUAACCCAGCCGCCCCAUCCGGGGGUGGGGGUGUGGGUGGACCUGAGUGAGGGGGAUGUGUGUGUAUGUGUGUGUUAGCAUGCGUGUGUAUGGAUGUGUGUGUGUGUAUAUCGCUGGUGUUCAUUUAAAAUCAAGACGUACUGUAUUUUUGAAUCUGCAUAUGGUCAUAUGCCAGUUGUCUGAUCCUUUAGUUGAGCUGUGGUGGAGGUAUGGCUGUUUCUGCAUCCCCGGUUAAACCGGACACCUAGACAGGAAGUCACUGUACAAAACCUUAAGGGAACACUGUGUAUCGAUGGACAGAAAGACUGACUGCACCACUAGUAGUUGUUGUUAGGAGAGAGAAAAUAUCUCAGAACAUAUCUGUUUUCUUGAUGAAAUAGACAUUUAAAAUAAAGUUCUUAAAGUAUAUUGUCAGAAGAAGACAGGGGGUUCAGGUUAGUGUAUAAAUAUAAAUAUUGUACAUAAACAUAAUCUAUAUGGAGAGAAAACUAAAACACACUGAGGACUAUCCCUGUUACACAGCUCUCCACCCGCACCCGGUGUGUGUGUGUGUGUGUGUGUGUGUGUGUGUGUGAGUGUGAUACAGUGUACUCCUUUUCAGAAUCACAUCCAUCCUCGAUUUGUUUCCUAAAAACCAAUUGACUCCUAAAUGUCAAGUCAAUCUGUUAGAAGGAAACCUUUGUUUCUCUCCCAAAUUGUUUUAAUGUUGUAAGCAUUUGAUUAUGGUAAUAUGUGAUUCUGCUAAGCAGAGAGCCCAGUAAGUAGCAGAGGAAAAAUGUAGUUGCAAGGAGUUGUAAAACCCAGCUCUGGACCAGAGAAACAAUACCUUCUAAAUGACACCCUAUUUCCUUUAUAGUACACUACUUACUUAUAUAGGGAAUAAGGUGCUAUUUGGGACACAUCCGCAGUGAAGUGUUCUAACAAAGAGACACAGUUUAGAUUUGUUUUAUAUAUCUGUCAUAAGAUUAUUACUUAUGGCAUCUUAUAUGCAUGUUAUCAGUUAUUCCUUUUCUGAGAAAAACAUCAUUUUAAUGCGCCUUAUGCUUUGUUUACAUUCAGUUCCUGUUUGAUCAUUAUAAACACAACACAUCUCAUUUUUAUUUCAUUCAUCAGCUACUUUUGUCUCAGAGAACUAUAAUAUGAUGCCAUGUAUGAAAAACAUGCAUAUCAUGACGUGUAUUUAUUUGCUUGUUAUUCUGUGUUAGAGAAUGGUGAUGGUAUUAUCAGCCCCUGACUGUGUGUUAGAGAGAGAGGAGUCUUGUGGGUAGGGUUAAGCCUGGUCCAGAAACUAGAGGUGAGAGCGACUGCAUGGUGUGUGCGUGUAUGUAUAUAUUGUGUGUAAAUAGUGUUGAUUUUGUAUGGUACAGGUGUGUGUGUGACUGUUUUGUACACAUGAUGAAAAUAUAAAAAUGACACUUUUAUAAGAGCCUUCCAUUGGCUCGAUGUCACACUAUACAGUGCAAUAAAGUGCUUUGAUUGGUGUGCUGUUA